CGAACCCGGCGUCCCACCGCCAACCGCCUCCCGGCAUUCCGCCCACCUUCACUCAGAAGCCCGCCUCACCGCCGCGCUGUACGCCCAGAGUGCGCCCUCUGCCCUCACCGGGACAGGGGGCCCCGCCACCUUUAUGCUGCCCGCCGUCUACACCGCUCUGGCGGGGCUGCUGCUCCUGCCUCUGCUGGUGAACUUUUGUUGUCCCUACUUCUUCCAGGACAUGGGUUACUUCCUGCGAGUGGCCGGCGUGGCCCGGAGGGUGCGCAGCUACGGACAGCGGCGGCCAGUGCGCACCAUCCUGCGGAUCUUCCUGGAGAAAGUGCGCCACAAGCCACACAAGCCUUUUCUCCUCUUUGGCGAUGAGACGCUCACCUACGCGCAAGUGGACCGGCGCAGCAAUCAGGUGGCGCGGGCACUGCACGACCACCUCGGCCUGCGCCAGGGAGACUGCGUGGCGCUCUUUAUGGGCAAUGAGCCGGCCUACGUGUGGCUGUGGCUGGGGUUGGCUAAGCUGGGCUGUGCCAUGUCGUGCCUCAACUACAACAUCCGCGCGAAGUCCCUAUUGCACUGCUUCCAGUGCUGCGGGGCGAAAGUACUACUGGCCUCACCAGAGCUACAAGCAGCUGUCGAAGAGGUGCUGCCGAGUCUGAAAAAAGAUGGCGUGUCCAUCUAUUAUGUGAGCAGAACUUCUAACACGGAUGGGAUUGACUCUUUCCUGGACAAGGUGGAUGAAGUGUCAACUGAACCUAUCCCAGAGUCUUGGAGGUCUGAAGUCACGUUUUCCACUCCUGCCCUAUACAUUUAUACCUCAGGAACCACAGGUCUCCCGAAAGCAGCAGUGAUCAAUCACCACCGCCUCUGGUAUGGAACUGGUCUUGCUACAGCAAGCGGGGUUACAGAAGAUGAUGUAAUUUAUACCACUCUGCCCCUGUACCACAGUGCUGCGCUUAUGAUUGGAGUUCAUGGAUGUAUCCUGAAAGGUGCUACUCUUGCUUUACGGACCAAAUUUUCAGCCAGCCAGUUUUGGGAUGACUGCAGAAAAUACAAUGUCACUGUCAUUCAGUAUAUCGGUGAACUGCUUCGGUAUUUGUGCAACUCUCCCCAGAAACCAAAUGAUCGUGAUCAUAAAGUGAGAUUGGCACUUGGAAAUGGCUUGCGAGGAGAUGUGUGGAGAGAAUUCGUCAAGAGAUUUGGAGACAUUCAUAUUUAUGAGUUCUAUGCUUCCACUGAAGGGAACAUUGGCUUUGUGAAUUACACAAGAAAAGUCGGUGCUAUUGGAAGAGUAAACUACCUCCAGAGAAAAGUCGUGUCUUAUGAGCUGAUAAAAUACGAUGUGGAGAAAGAUGAACCUGUCCGAGAUGGAAAUGGAUAUUGCAUCAAAGUUUCCAAAGGUGAAGUCGGACUCCUAGUUUGCAGAAUCACACGACUUACACCGUUUAGUGGCUAUGCUGGAGGAAAGACUCAGACAGAGAAGAAAAAACUGAGAGAUGUCUUUAAGAAAGGAGACCUUUAUUUCAACAGUGGAGAUCUCCUAAUGAUUGACCGUGACAAUUUCAUCUACUUCCACGACAGAGUUGGAGAUACCUUCCGGUGGAAAGGGGAAAACGUGGCCACCACUGAAGUCGCUGACACAGUAGGACUGGUUGAUUUUGUCCAAGAAGUUAAUGUUUACGGAGUGCCCGUGCCAGGUCAUGAGGGUCGAAUUGGCAUGGCCUCUAUCAAGAUAAAGGAAGACUAUGAAUUUGAUGGGAAAAAACUCUUUAAGCACAUUGCUGAUUACCUGCCUUCUUAUGCAAGACCCAGGUUUCUAAGAAUACAGGACACCAUUGAGAUCACUGGAACUUUCAAGCAUCGCAAAGUGACCCUCGUGGAGGAGGGCUUUAACCCUGCAGUCAUCAAAGAUUCUUUGUAUUUCUUGGAUGACCAAGCAAAAAUGUAUGUGCCUAUGACUGAGGACAUUUAUAAGGCCAUAAAUGAGAAAACUCUGAAACUCUGACUUUCUAGGAGGAUAACUCAUAAUAUUCCCAGAAAGAUAUGGAAGGUGCCUGGGACAGCCCCUUGAUGAAAUUUAAGUUUGAAUGAAGAUUGUGA